AUGUUUAAGCGAACCGUUACGAUGAAAGUUGAGCCUCCAUCCAGCGAACCGGUGCAAAGCGGCUUCUUCCGUUUGCAGCACAAGAUUCUGCUGGCCUUCGGUAUCUGGCCAUUGGAUCGGGCAAAUCGACGCUGGUUCGUGUCGCUCCAAAUCGGUGUUAAUCUGAUCGCGCUCACCCUCUGCAUGAUCUGUGAGUUCCUGUACGGUCUGUACGCGUACCAGGACGGUGAUCUGAGUGAGGCAAUCGAGAGUAUCAGUCCUACGGUGGCACGUCUUUCCGGUCUACUCCGCAUGGUGUUCUAUCUCAUCAACGAGAAGCACCUGGAGAAGGUACUGAAAUGCAUCGAAGUAGCCCAGCAACAUGAGCCACUGUACGAGCGCAACAACACACAAAGGAUUGCACGACUGGGACAGCGAGUGACAUUCUAUCACUUCCUCAUGAUGUUCAUUGCCGCACUGCUGUACGGAGUGACACCGUUCCUCAUCAUGGGCUACAACUGGUACCAGGGCCAGUGGCCGUUGGUUAAGAUUCUUCCCUUCAAACUCGCCCUACCGUACGAUUCGCAGCGUUUGUUCCCAUUCAUCCUGACCACCCUCUUCCUGAACUACGCCUCGAUACCGACCAUCACCUCACAGUCGGGAAGUGACGCGCUGCUGAUCGGCGUCUGCUUGUACGUCCGAGGCCAGUUCGAUGCCCUUGGUCAGGACAUUGCGGCGCUGGGCGGCCAGCAGUCCGUGGUCGGGGUGAGCAGGCAAGAAACACACCACAUCAAUCGUCAGCUGCAACGCAUCAACCAACGGCACCAGCGCAUCAUCGAGAUAACGGGCGAGGUGCGGGCCGCCUUCGCACUAAACAUCUUCCUCAUCUACAUGUGCGGCGCACUCAUUUUGUGCAUUGUUUCCAUCGCUAUGCUUACCGUCGAGGGCGUCUACAAGUUCACCUACCUACCGUUCGCGUUUUCCGAACUGGCCAUCCUGUUCCUCUACUCCUACAGUGGUUCAAUCAUUUGCGACUCGAGUGAAGCCAUUCAAACGGCGGCGUACAGCUUCCCUUGGUACCGGUACGACCGUGACACUCGCCACCUCAUCCAACUGCUGAUGAUCCGGGCUCAGCGUGGCUCGAAUCUGAAUGUGCCCUUCUUCGAGACAUCCAUGGCGACCUUUUCGGUGAUCGUUCGCUCUGCUUCGUCGUACGUCACGCUGAUGAAAUCAUUUCUUUAA